UUCUACAACACCAAAAAAAGCUCGUCAGUGAUGGGCGCCCUGGAAUACAUCCUGUUCGCAGUUCUAGUUCUGGCAAACUUCGCCUUGGGACUGUACUUCUCCUUCUACAAGCAUGGACGCCCAGAAGCUUCUAAUUAUGCAGUGUGGGAUGUGUUCCUCGGAAGCCGCACACUCAUGGCGCUUCCUCUGGCGGCUUCAACGGUGGCGUCGCUCCUUUCGUCAGUAGGGCUCGUCGCCUUACCCUCCCACUAUUACGUGUAUGGCUGGCACGUGGCAUGGGGGUCGAUAACGCCGCUGCUUGUAUUACCGUUGGCAACGCACGUGUUUGUACCUGUAAUCUACGGCCUCGAUGUGACAUCCAUCUUUCAGUAUAUCCGGCUACGCUUCAACAGCACGAUCUCCUUCACUGCGUGCGCAAUCUACAUCAUUUUAACGCAAAGCGUGGGCGCUAUCUGCAUUUUUGCGGCGUCAUUGGUCCUGGAAACAGUGUUUCAUGUCCCUGUCUUCUGGUGCAACAUUGCCAUCGGAUUGUCAGGAACUGUGUACACAGCACUGGGUGGACUUCGAGGUGUCGUUUGGACGGACUGUGUCCAGUUCCUGAUUGUGAUUUGCGCUCCAGCAACCGUCGUUGUUAAGGUAAUAGCUGAUUCCUUGUCACCAGGCUCUACAGUUCACCCCAUCAAUGACCUAGACAUCGCCAGAUAUAUUGGAGAAUACCGCCUGGACUGGACAAGCGAAGAAACUAUAUGGAGUUGCCUGGUUGGCUCAUUUGCUCCAUCAAUGUGCCGUUUGUGUUUCGACCAAGUUGCUGCACAAAGGCUGCUAGCAUCUAGAACGCUCCAAGACGCCCAGAGGACUGCUAUUACCAGUUCUUUCCUGUUCGUUGUCACUUAUGGAUCGUUGUUUGCUAUGGGCGUGGCCCUGACGAUAUGGUUUCGAGGUUGCGAUCCAAUGCUGUCUGGGGCAGUUCACCGCGUUGACCAAGUUAUGCCACACUACAUUACCACUCGCCUAAGUGAAGUUCCCGGGCUUGUGGGUCUUUUUCUUGCGGGAGUUGUCUGUGCUGCAACAAGCACGACGUCGUCGACGAUUAAUUCGCAAGCAGCUAUUUUGUACGUUGACGUCAUUGCUCCUCGGUGGAAGAAUUCCACACGUCAUGUCUUGUGGAUUACGCGUUGCACAGCACUGUCUUUAGGCAUAAUCAUGACAGUGUACAGCACGCUGUGCGUCUACAUGGGCUCCCUCAACAGGGUAUUCCUUAUGGUAUACACAUGCCUGACAUCGCCUUACGUAGGACUAUGUUUAUUGGCUGUGCUAUUUCCAUUUGUCCACUCCAAGGGUGCCGGCGUGGGGACGAUUCUCGUGGUCAUCUUCCAAAUAUGGCAUAUGUCAAAAUUGGUACAGAAAGGGACAAAACCACCCCGAAUGCCAGUUUCCUUGGACUACUGCCCUGGAAACGUGACGUUUCUUACAUCACCGAAUACAUUUAAUACCAGCAGGCUGCUCGAGGCUUCGAGAUUGGCAGAGCCAUUUUCCCUGUUUCGAAUUUCGUACUUCUGGAGCGGUUUCUUUGGCAUUUUCGCAACGAUUGCCAUCGGCCUAUUGAUCAGCGCCUUGACAGGAGAAAUGUGGAGUAAACAGGAGCAACCGGAAUUAUGCAGUGAUGUACUUGUUAAGUUAUGGCGGAAACCAACACACCGGCGUGUCGAAUCACAACAUGAGGAAACGAAGACAUCAAAGUUCGAAGAGCACAACUGCAGCGCAGAACUUGAAGACCUCAAUACGCCUCGAGGAGAAACUUGCGUGUAGAUAGGGUUACUCACAUAAAUCUUGCAUGUGUAAUUCUCACAGCAAACUUGAGACGGACGGGCGAAAGAAAGAUUCUUUUGUCCGCCCUUCUCAAGUUUUCCGGAAUCACUCGAUAUGCAAGAUUACCAACCGGCCCUGAUGCAAGCCACUGUACCAUAAAAAUCUGCUGAGAAAAAGAUUAAAUGAUAUUAUCUGCGUUUACUCUUUCCUAAAUGGACGUGCGCGA